UAGAGGUCGAGGAGUUACGGUAACUUCAACGUUGGAUGUCACCGCUCUGGAAGAGUCAGGAAGUGUCGCUGAGAAUCAUAGAGCAAAGGUUGCCAAACUACUUCUUCUGCUAUACGCCGCCCCUUAUUGGAUUAUUUAAAGUCCAACACCCAAGUUCUUUGUCAGUGCCCAAUUCCUGUCUGGCAAUGCCUCUGUUUCGGGUUUUGAGUGAACGUGAUGGGGCAAAGACUCGGCCCAGGCGAAGGAGGACAAGGAAUUUGGAGUGGAUGGGAAGCUGUGGGAAGACAGAUGAAAAUGGCCUUGUCCUUUCGCUGACACGUCUUUGUCUGCUAAGUCUUGCAGACAACAUGAAGGAAGUGUGGGCAAAGGACUAUGCCGAUAACUACAUGGAUCAUUAUUCAUUCAGAUACAUCAUGGGGCCUUUCAACAUACUGCCGGGUCACCUAGUUGAGGAGCUGACGUGGCUUCUGUGCACCAGAAAGCAGAUGUCCCGUGCGGCCCUCCACCUUAUGCUAGUCCCCCAACUCCGUAGCCUGUCUCUGGAAAGGUGUCCUGGUCUGCUCACCUCCUCCCUCUGUGCCCACAUUGCUGCACGCUGCCAGAGUCUAUGGAGCUUGGACCUAUCUGGAGGCCAGCAGCUGUCCUCAAAGGUCCUGUCUGAAACCCUCGGCUGUCUUCCAGCACUGCGCUCGCUCUCUUUGGCUGGUACACUUUGUGACAGAUGUGUAAUCAAGACGAUUGCCCAUCGCUGUCGUUUGCUGCGCCAUCUGGACAUAUCCCGCUGUCAUUUACUAUCCCCUGCUGCUCUUCUUCCUCUUGGAGGUGGGGGUUCCUUCUUGACCUCCCAGUCUUUUAUUUCCUCUUCUUGCUCUGCACCCCUGUCUCCUCUCCCCCUCAGCAGUCUGCUGGCUUUGGAUAUUGGAUUCAGGGAACAAGAGGGAGACUCUCUGGCAGCCGCAGCCUACCUCCUUCUCUCCCUGCCCAGCCUGGAGAGAGUGGCCAUGGAGGACCUUGCACAGGCCUGCUGUCUCAUCCAGCACAGACAGUUCAACCAGACAGAUGAGUUCACUGACAGAGAAGGCGUUCCCAGGCUGGGGGAGGUGUGGCGGGAGUGGAGACUCAGGCAAGGCAUUGACAAGAAAAAGAGAGAAGGAGCAGCAGCAGAUGAAAAAGAGCAGAAGGAAAACAUAAUGUGGGAUGGGUAUGGUAGUGGGACUGAGGAAGAUUCAAUUAGAGAUGUAGGGCCAAACUGUUCUCAGAACCAAACAGAGGACAAAAAGAAAGGACAAAAUGUGUCAUGUGAUGAACGCCUGAUCCUGCUCCUGAAGGAUGUCAAGGGUUUAUCAUGUGACUCUUUGGACAGUUUAAGUUGUGCAUGCCCAAACAUUUACUCCAUAUCUGUGAACGUUGAUCCUUUUGAAAAUGCUAGAGGAAGAAGCCAGGGGUCUCUGUUAGCCGGAGGCCUCCAGUCGUGGUCAGGCCAGCUGCGGAGCCUCUCAGUACACUACCCCGGCCCUCCGGUGGACCUCCUUCCUGCCUUGCAAGUUGCCGGCUCCUCAUUGGUCUCGCUCACCCUGGAGGGAGUGAAAACCAGCCCUCACACCCCUCUACUGGAGGUCAUCAAGGCCUGUCCCAGACUCAGAAACCUGCUCAUCUCUGCCGAACCUCCCACCACCCCACAGGGAGCAGAAGACGAGGAGGAUCAGUGGGACGACCUAGAUCUUCCACAGCUGCCUAACCUCUGCUCUCUCACACUCAAUUUCUCCUAUGAGCACAGCCAAAUGAAGCCUGUCAUGUCCUGGAUGUCCCUGAGAAGGGUGCUCAAGUGUCUGCUGACUGGUUCUCCUUUACUGGAGAAGCUCUCACUGGUCUCCCUGCCCUGCCCUCUGAACUGUGUUUUACAGGAUGUACUGCACAUAUUGGACUUGGACCAGUAUCCCUUUGCAAAUUCCACAAACUCACCUCCCAUGCCACUUGGACGGGUACAGCAUAUUGACCUGCCGCGCACUGAUGUGAAGAUGAUAACAGUGAGAAGUUUAAUGCAACGGAGCAAGAGACUCAAUUAUGUAGAUGUGAGUUACUGCUGGCAGAUCAGUCAGCUUGAGUGGUUGAACUGCGAGACGUCCAGUAAAGUCCAAGUUGUCUGGUUGUAGUGAAGAGAUGAGCAGCUUCCCAUACAGGAGCAACACUGUUAAAGGUAGACGUGAAGGUGGAUGAUAACAUUAUUCAGAUACAAAUACAAUGCAUACCUUUUACCAUGUCAAUUACAUUAGUAUCUCAGCUCGUAUGACUACAACUCUAUAACUUUUCUUUCUUUUAGUCCUAUUCUAUGCUAAACAUUGACUUUUUGUCUGCAAUAUGUUCUUAAUACCUGUCUCAAAUCCAAACAUGUUAUUCCUAUAGGACCUUGAAUAAGUUGUAGUUUCUCUAUUGCGUUUUCAAUAAAUGUUUUGACUAUACUGUUUUUCUAAGGUAAUGGGUGAAUUGAAAAGGCAACAUGUAUCAAUAUGCGUGAGGUGGUUCAAGUAAAAAUGAUGU